AUGUUCCGUGCAGCCCCACGGUUAAUUGCGCGUCCAGCGCUGCGAGCCGCGCCACUACGGGCUGUCGCGCCGGCCAGGCGGUACUUGAGCACCGCACCACCAUCACAAAAGUCGAGAAGUUUCAAGAGCUUGGUUGCUAGGCUGGGUGUUGCCGGAGCAAUUAUAUACUAUUACAACACCACGGAUGUUUUCGCAGAGGAGCCAAGACAACUUGUCCAACCCCUCCCAGAAACCGAAGUUGAAUCCGAGCACCUCCCCACCAUCGAAUCCAUCUCCGAAGAGCGCAAGCGACGACAAGCAGUACAGGCACAACUCGAGGCCCAGAAGCAAAAAGAGGCUGAGCGCGCACAACAGAAUGCGAAGCCUUCAGAAGAUGGCCAGGGUGGCAUAGAAGGACUCGAGGAAGAGGCAGACCAACAGGGCGCAUUCAACCCGGAAACAGGCGAGAUCAAUUGGGAUUGCCCAUGUCUAGGAGGCAUGGCUCAUGGCCCUUGUGGUGAGCAGUUCAAGGCGGCAUUCAGCUGCUUCGUGUACUCCACCGAGGAGCCCAAGGGCAUGGACUGCAUCGAUAAGUUCAAGGACAUGCAAAACUGUUUCCGCGAAUACCCCGAAGUCUACGGCUCAGAGCUAGAUGCCGACGCCGACGACGAAGACGACAUGACCGCCUCGCCCGAAAACCCAUCCAACCCCUCCAGCGCGCAACAAGACUCCUCAUUACAACCCUCCACCAACGACCACGCCGCCUCAGCCAAGGGAAAGUUCUCUGGUGAACGCAACUCGAAACCCCACACACCAGAAAACAGCCUAGUUCCUGAGGAAUACAAGCCAAACGCCAAACACAACCCCGUCAACGACGCAAGGGGGGACAUGAGCAGCUUGGAUAGCGAGAAGGAGAAGGAGAAGAGCAAGCAGAAGCCAAAGGGCGAGAGCGACACCGAGAGGGCGAAUAAGGCGAGGGCGCAGGUCAAGAGCCAGGAGCCUGUUAGCGAGAGUGAGAGUAUGGUGCCCAAGGCUAGUCAUGAUGCGAAGUGA